AUGAGCUUAACUUAUGGACUCGGGGGGACUGGGUCUGCCCUCGCUGUCGUAGGAGCAUACAUGCUCUUCACUGGCAGUGGUGAAUCUUUCGACGUCGGCGCUUUCAUUGAAGAUAUAUCGCCUUUCGCGUGGGCAAGCUUAGGCAUUUCGCUAUGCAUCGGAUUGUCCGUUGUUGGAGCUGCUUGGGGCAUCUUCAUCACAGGCUCCUCCAUCCUUGGCGGUGGUGUCAAGGCUCCUCGAAUCCGGACCAAGAACCUGAUCUCAAUUAUUUUUUGUGAAGUGGUCGCCAUCUACGGAGUGAUCAUGGCCAUCGUCUUCCAGGCCAAGAUCAACGCCCUCGACCGCACCGGCUACUAUUCCGCCAACGCGUAUUAUACCGGUUAUGCCCUCUUCUGGUCAGGCCUGACUGUUGGCAUGUGCAACCUCAUCUGCGGCGUCGCCGUUGGAAUCAAUGGCAGUGGUGCUGCGUUGGCCGAUGCUGCGGACCCUACUCUAUUCGUCAAGAUCCUCGUGAUUGAGAUUUUCAGCUCUAUUCUCGGCUUGUUUGGACUAAUUGUUGGUCUCCUGACAUCGGGCAAGGCCAAUGACUUUGGAAGCAGCGGAUGA